GCGCGUUUGGCGGCUGGGCGGGCUUUGCGGCAGCGGCGGGCUCGGCAGUGAGGAGCGGCGGCGGCGGCGGCGGCAGCAGCGGUGGCGGGGCGGGCGGCGGCGGGCGAGGGCGGCCGCGGCUGUAGGAGGCGGAGCGGCGCCGGCUGGUUUUGACUGUACUAACACCAUUGCUGAUUUGAUACUCUUAGAGUUUUACCUUCUCCCAGUAUCUUAACUUGGCCGUCAGACACUAUGAGGAGACUGGCUUUUCGAGGUGCUGGUUGUACUCUGGUAAAUCUGAAGAAGUUGGAUUCCAUGGGUUCCAAGAGGCGAAGAGCCACCUCGCCUUCCAGCAGCGUCAGCGGAGGAGACUUUGAUGAUGGCCACCACUCCACGAAUAUACCAGGCCCAAGCAGGAAGAGGAGGAGACUUUCCAAUCUCCCUACUGUGGAUCCUAUUGCUGUAUGCCAUGAACUUUACAACACGAUCAGAGAUUACAAAGAUGAACAGGGCAGGCUCCUUUGCGAGCUCUUCAUUAGGGCACCAAAACGAAGAAAUCAGCCAGAUUAUUAUGAAGUGGUUUCUCAGCCAAUUGAUUUAAUGAAAAUCCAACAAAAGCUAAAGAUGGAGGAGUAUGAUGAUGUGAAUGUGCUGACUGCUGACUUCCAGCUGCUCUUUAACAACGCAAAGGCGUACUAUAAGCCUGAUUCUCCUGAAUAUAAAGCUGCCUGCAAACUAUGGGAGUUGUAUUUGCGCACAAAAAAUGAGUUUGUUCAAAAGGGAGAUGCUGAGGAGGAGGAGGAAGAUGAGGAAGGACAUGACAAUCAAGGCACAAAUUCUGAAUUGUCAUCUCCAGGUUACCUGAAGGAGAUUCUUGAACAGCUUCUUGAAGCUGUAGCUGUCGCCACAAACCCAUCAGGUCACCUCAUAAGUGAACUGUUUCAGAAACUUCCUUCGAAAGUGCAAUAUCCAGAUUAUUAUGCAAUAAUAAAAGAGCCCAUAGAUCUUAAAACAAUUGCCCAAAGGAUACAGAAUGGAACUUACAAAAGCAUUCAUGCAAUGGCCAAGGAUAUAGAUCUUCUAGCAAAGAAUGCCAAAACCUACAAUGAACCUGGAUCACAAGUAUUCAAGGAUGCAAAUGCGAUUAAAAAAAUAUUCAAUAUGAAAAAGGCUGAAAUUGAACACAGUGAGUUGGCCAAGUCAAGUCUCCGAAUCAGGACUCCAUCAAAUUUGACUGCUUCCAAGCUGACAGGUCCUUCCUCACAGGGUAAAGGCAGUGUUGGCGAUGAGAGAAAUUCUGCUAACAAAUAUUAUCGUAACAAAAGAUCAGCCCAAGGGGAUCGUUUAUCAGCAAUAACCAUGGCAUUGCAAUAUGGAUCAGAAAGCGACGAGGAUGCGGCUUUGGCUGCUGCUGCUCGUUACGAAGAAGGAGAAUCUGAAGCUGAGAGCAUUACUUCCUUCAUGGACACUUCUAAUCCUCUUUAUCAGCUUUACGAUACAGUUAGAAGUUGCCGAAAUAAUCAGGGCCAGCUCAUAUCUGAACCCUUUUUCCAUUUGCCCUCCAAGAAAAAGUAUCCUGAUUAUUAUCAGCAAAUUAAAACGCCUAUUUCAUUGCAGCAGAUCAGAACCAAACUGAAGAACCAUGAAUAUGAAACUUUAGAUCAGUUGGAAAGUGAUCUGAACCUGAUGUUUGAAAAUGCUAAGCGCUACAAUGUUCCCAACUCUGCCAUCUAUAAGAGAGUACUGAAAAUGCAGCAGGUUAUGCAGGCAAAGAAGAAGGAGCUUGCUAGGAGAGAUGACAUUGAGGAUGGGGACAGCAUGAUUUCUUCUGCUACAUCCGAUACUGGAAGCUCAAAAAGGAAAAGUAAAAAGAAUAUACGAAAACAACGAAUGAAAAUCCUAUACAAUGCAGUUCUGGAAGCUCGAGAACCAGGCACAGGCAGACGGCUCUGUGAUCUGUUUAUGGUUAAACCCUCCAAAAAGGACUAUCCAGAUUAUUAUAAAAUUAUCUUGGAGCCAAUGGACUUAAAAAUGAUAGAGCACAACAUCCGCAAUGAUAAGUAUGCAGGGGAAGAAGCAAUGAUUGAAGAUAUGAAGCUCAUGUUCCGAAAUGCAAGGCAUUAUAAUGAGGAAGGCUCCCAGGUAUACAAUGAUGCCCAUAUGCUGGAAAAGACCCUUAAAGAAAAAAGAAAAGAACUGGGACCUCUACCGGAAGAUGACGAUGUUGCUUCUCCUAAACUAAAGCUAAGUAGAAAAAGUGGCAUUUCCCCUAAAAAAUCGAAAUACAUGACUCCGAUGCAACAGAAAUUGAAUGAAGUUUAUGAAGCAGUUAAGAACUACACGGAUAAACGAGGCAGGCGACUGAGCGCCAUCUUCUUGAGACUGCCAUCUCGAUCUGAACUUCCUGACUAUUAUGUAACUAUUAAAAAGCCUGUUGACAUGGAAAAAAUCAGAAGUCAUAUGAUGGCCAACAAAUACCAGGAUAUUGAUUCCAUGGUAGAAGACUUUGUAAUGAUGUUCAAUAAUGCCUGCACCUAUAAUGAGCCAGAAUCUUUGAUUUAUAAAGAUGCCCUAGUCUUGCAUAAAGUUUUGCUUGAAACUCGAAGAGAGAUAGAGGGAGAUGAGGAUUCUCAUGUGCCCAAUGUAACUUUGCUAAUUCAGGAACUUAUCCAUAACCUUUUUGUAUCUGUUAUGAGCCAUCAGGAUGAUGAAGGCAGAUGCUACAGUGACUCUUUAGCUGAGAUUCCUGCUGUUGAUCCCAACUUCCCAAACAAACCUCCUCUGACUUUUGAUAUUAUCCGAAAAAAUGUUGAAAAUAAUCGCUACAGAAGACUAGACUUGUUCCAGGAGAAUAUGUUUGAGGUACUUGAGAGGGCAAGGAGAAUGAACCGGACUGAUUCAGAGAUUUAUGAGGAUGCAGUUGAACUUCAACAAUUCUUUAUUAAAAUUCGAGAUGAACUGUGUAAAAAUGGAGAGAUUCUUCUGUCACCAGCUCUCAGCUAUACCACCAAGCAUCUUCACAAUGAUGUAGAGAAGGAAAAGAAGGAAAAGUUGCCCAAAGAAAUAGAGGAGGAUAAACUCAAAAGAGAGGAGGAGAAGAGAGAGGCAGAAAAGAGUGAAGAUUCUUCUGGAUCAGCUGGCCUGUCAAGUUUGCAUCGGACCUACAGCCAGGACUGCAGCUUCAAGAACAGCAUGUACCACGUAGGGGACUAUGUCUAUGUGGAGCCUGCUGAAGCCAACUUGCAACCUCACAUAGUCUGUAUUGAGAGACUGUGGGAAGACUCUGCCGGAGAGAAAUGGUUGUAUGGCUGUUGGUUUUAUCGACCAAAUGAAACAUUUCAUCUUGCAACACGAAAGUUCUUGGAGAAAGAAGUUUUUAAAAGUGACUAUUACAAUAAAGUUCCCGUUAGCAAAAUUUUAGGCAAAUGCGUGGUCAUGUUUGUUAAGGAAUAUUUUAAAUUAUGUCCUGAAAACUUUAGAGAUGAAGAUGUCUAUGUCUGUGAGUCACGUUAUUCUGCGAAGACAAAAUCUUUUAAAAAGAUUAAACUGUGGACUAUGCCCGUUAGCUCUGUAAGAUUUGUCCCACGAGAUGUGCCUCUGCCUGUGGUCCGUGUUGCUUCUGUGUUCGCUAAUACAGACAAAGUAGAUGAGGAGAAACACAGUGAAAACUUAGAGGACAGUAAGGUGGGAGAAAGUAUCCUUCAUCUUGAAAAGGACAAAGAAGAUGUUCCAGUAGAAAUGUCCAAUGGAGAACCUGGUUGCCAUUACUUUGAACAGCUCUGUUACAAUGAUAUGUGGCUUAAGGUUGGGGAUUGUGUCUUCAUAAAAUCACAUGGGUUAGUGCGAGCUCGAGUAGGAAGAAUUGAGAAGAUGUGGGUGCGAGAUGGAGCUGCAUAUUUUUUUGGUCCAAUCUUUAUACAUCCUGAAGAAACUGAACAUGAACCAACUAAAAUGUUCUACAAGAAGGAAGUGUUUUUGAGUAACUUGGAGGAGACCUGUCCUAUGACUUGCAUUUUGGGAAAAUGUGCUGUUCUGUCAUUCAAGGACUUCCUCUCCUGCAGACCAACAGAAAUCUCUGAAAAUGAUGUUUUUCUUUGUGAGAGCCGCUACAAUGAAAGCGACAAACAAAUGAAGAAAUUUAAAGGGCUCAAGAGGUUUUCACUCUCCGCAAAAGUUGUAGAUGAUGAAAUAUACUAUUUUAGAAAACCUAUAGUUCCUCAGAAGGAGCCAUCUCCCCUACUAGAGAAGAAGAUCCAGCAACUAGAAGCAAAAUUUGCUGAGUUAGAAGGAGGUGAUGAAGACAUAGAAGAGAUGGGAGAAGAGGAAGGAGACAUCGCUGAAACACCUUCUAUCCCUCAGCUUCAGACCCCAUUGGCUAGCGAACUGGAUAUAAUGCCUUACACUCCACCUCAGUCCACUCCCAAGUCGGUUAAGGGCAGCACCAAGAAGGAGGGAUCAAAAAGGAAGAUCAACAUGAGUGGUUACAUCUUAUUUAGCAGCGAGAUGAGAGCUGUAAUUAAAGCUCAGCACCCAGACUACUCCUUUGGAGAGCUCAGCAGACUUGUAGGAACUGAGUGGAGAAACCUGGAAGCAACCAAGAAAGCGGAAUAUGAAGGCAUGAUAAGUGGCUAUCCACCGGUGCUGCCACCUUUGCAGGGCCCAGUUGAUGGCAUUGUUAGCAUGGGCAGCAUGCAGCCACUUCACCCAGGGGUGCCCCCACCCCACCAACUUCCGCCAGGUAUGCCAGGCAUCCCAGGCAUCCCACCACCCGGUGUUAUAGGCCAAAACGUAUCCCCCAUGGUAGGCACUCCAGCACCAGGAGCAAGUCCAUUUGGACAGCAGAUAGGAAUCCUUGGCCCGCCGGGACAGCAAGCACCCCCUCCGUAUCCCGGCCAGAGCGCAGCAGCGCAGCCGGUUAUACAGCAGCCCACGACUCCCAUGUUUGUCUCCCCUCCACCAAAGACACAGAGGCUUCUUCAUUCUGAGGCCUAUCUGAAAUAUAUUGAGGGGCUUAGCGCUGAAUCAAAUAGCAUUAGCAAGUGGGACCAGACCCUUGCAGCACGAAGACGAGAUGUCCAUCUAUCAAAAGAACAAGAGAGCCGUCUCCCUUCACACUGGUUGAAAAGUAAAGGGGCUCAUACCACCAUGGCCGAUGCGUUAUGGCGUCUUCGAGACUUGAUGCUACGAGACACCCUUAAUAUCCGUCAGGCGUACAACAUAGAAAAUGUUUAAUCACGUAAUUGCUUCUUUGAUACCGGCAUAUAAGGAGUUUUGUGGAACAAUAGCCGUUUUAGUUACUGGGUGGGGAGAGAUAACCAACAAUAAUUUGUAUUGCAUUUUACUGCACAUUGCAAGACCAUUUUUAUAUAAGGACACUUUUAAUAAGCAUAUUUCACUUUUUGUUAUAUUAAGUUGACUUUAUCAAAUACACAGAUUUUUGCGUACGUUUCCUUUGUUUGAAAGGCGAUUUCAUAAUUGGUUAAGUGUAGUCAAGGAUUCAUCUUUCUUAUAUUUUAUUGCUGAGAAUCUGAUGCCAUCAUUUUUAUAUAAAAGAAAAAAGAAAACAAAAAGUAUUUACAAAUUGGUACAAUGGAAUGUGAAAUUAGUCAUAGUUUACAUCUUAGAAGAAUGCGUGUACAUGUGCUUGUGUGUGCUAGCCACUUCCAGCAGAAAUCUCACUUGGAUGUGAACAGGGAGGAUUUCUUGAAAUGAAGCUAAAGGUAAGGGGUACAUAGAUGCUAGGAAAAAUCAAAUUUAAGUCAAUACCAAUGCUGCUGAAUGGACCACAGUGAUCAUGGAAGUGCUGGUGUGGACGGGACAAGGGUGUCUUGACUGCUGAUGUUGUCCAGUCCUGUCCAGUUAUUUAAUUGUGUAGCCAAGGCCAUUAUGAUCCUAAAUUAGUAACAGAAUACGUGUGCUUUGCAUGCCCUUGAAAGGUGCAAUGUUUUAUCUACCAUGACCUGCUUUGGGGGUUCUGUGAUGUGCCUAACACCUAGCAGUGGGAAUGGAAAGCUUGUUCCCUAAGCAAUUACGUGUGCAGUUCAGGUCUUGGAAGGUGAGUUAGAGAAGGGAAGAUGAGUUGUUUUGUUUGUGAAGUAAUGCAGUGUUUUUAAAUUCACACGUAUUCUGUUAACGAUUAGGUAUUGCAAGGUAUCUUUGUAUGCUUUCCUUAGGGGUACCGAUUCACCUUAAUGAAAGUUUUGCAGGGCAGAUGGAGAGAAAUUUGAUGUGUAAAUCUAGCUUUAACAAAGUACUGCUGUAUGUGUAAAUUCAGCCUAUCUAGGAGGUUGGAGAAAUAAGAAAACUUGCGUUGCAGCCUUCAGAGUGCUUUUUGGUGGUGUGUUUUUUGGUUCUUUGGUUUUCUGUUUUCGUUUUUUUUUUUUUUUUAAUUAGUAAGGUAUGUAUGGAAUCUUCUUGCCAGAUUUCAAGGUUGUGACUGUCUUCUGCUAAGGACUUACCUGUCCUCCUAACCAACCAACCUUUUGGACUGCAAAGCUGUUUGUUUAAGGGUAAAUCCUUUCAUAGUACUUCAUUUUAGAAAAAGAAUGAAUAGUUUUUAUUUCAUUAAAUAACUGGGAAAGCAAUAUUAAUUUGAACAGUUUGUUGGCAGGAGCAUUGUCACUGCAACUCAGUCCAAAAGAAAGAGCUAAUUUACUGAUAUGCUUUCAUCUGACUGCUAGAAAUGUUCAUCAUGUGGAAAUGUAUUUUAAAGUAUACCAGUAGAAAAAAAAAUACUUGAGUACAUUUGGCAGAAGGUUAAGUACUUUAUUCCAAUACUGAAUACCUUGGGUUCUGUUUCAGUGAUGUAAUUUAUACUGUUGAGGGAAGUGACCUGUGCAAGUAUAAACUGUUACUUAAUUUUACUGGCUAAUUCCUCUUCCUCUCCCACUCCAACCUUCCAGUCCUUGCGUGGAAAACCCUCUAAUUACAAGUAGGCACUUAAGGACAGUUGAGGUCAGAUGUGCAAUGGAUGUGAAGGAGAUGGAGCUAAGAAGCAUGUAGGGAAAUUACAGUUUUGAACUCUCCAGGUGUUGCACCUGUGGUACAGAAAUUCUCUACUGGCCUUUGUAAAUUACCAAGUUUAUGAAAGUAGAAAUGGCAUAGUCUUAGACCUCUUCCACAUAUACAGCAUCAUCUUGAAGUGUAUUUGAAUUACCAUAGGCUUUGCAAUAUUUAGCCGCAAAGAUGGGACAUUGAACUGAAUCAAGCAGCAAAUCCUAGUUUUUGAGUAUUUGGAAGCAUCAUGGAUUGUACUAAUACCACCCGAUUCUCUUAUAUCUCAGCAUUAACAAAAAUUACACCAAAGAACCUGGGAUGAAUUUUAGUUAAGUUAUUGUUUUAUUUAUUUUCUUUUGAGGACCGGAUGGGACUCCCUUUGGAGCCUGUAGAACUGAAUUUUUUAAUUUAUCUGAAGGUCAGUGAUGAGCAGACUUGCGGCCCUGGCUCUCUCCCGCCUGAGCCGCUGCGGCACUACUUUCGCUGCUCUUUCCAGCCCGGGAGCAAGUGAUUGGAAGUGCAAGUGAAACCUGGGUCCUCCCAUAGGGCAGUGCAGAGCACUACCACUAAGCCACUGGGCUGGCCCUAAUCAAAUCUUUUAAGCGCCGCUUAUUUAUUUCAAAAUCAUGUCUCUGUAUAUUGGAGGCAUUUCAGUUGAUUGCAGUAAAAUUUAGGAUAUAAUGGCUACAGUCUAGAAUUCAAAACCAGCAAAAGAAGCUUUUUUCUGACUCUGGUUUAAAAAAAAAAAAAAAAAAAAAGACGACAUGUCUGUCUAGCUGUCUGUCUGUUUCUUUCUCUCUCUCUCUUUCUUUCUGUCUCUCUCUCUCUCUCUCUCUCUUUCUCUCUCUGGGUAUUUGAACCCCUCAUUUGUUUUCCACUGCCGUUCAUUGUACUGGAGUAAAUGAAACUUUCCUACUAAAAUAAAAGUAUGUAUGGGAAAUGGUUGGUUUCUGUGAGAGUGGAAAAUAGAUUAAUCUAGGACCAGUAUUUUCAUAAACCAGUUGGAGACUACUUAUUAUUUGUUUCACUUUCUCAGUCCUUCCCUUCCGUGAGAAAAUUUACUGUUUGUGUAAAAACUCAAAACGUCGUUGGUGAUUUUGGGGGCAUGUUUUUGGACCUGGUUAAUUCAUGCUUGGCUUUUCCUUAAAUCUUGUACUCCCGAAAGUUCAGCUGAUAACCAGGUUUAUAACAUGUAUGUACCAUCAGUUUGUUUACCUGAGUCUUUUUAAUUUGAAUAAAAAUAGUUUGCAAAGUG